ACCAUCUUAAAAUACCAUCCAGUCAAUGAAAUGAUCAUGAAACAGACGAAACAGACUAUCACGGACUAUGAAUAAAAAUAAUUAAUCUAAUAGAGUUCAAAUUAUUAUCAUAUAUCUAUAUACAUUAAUAAAAUGUAUUAUUGCCGAAUGUUCUCGAGUAUAUUUAUUCGCGUUGUAUGAAAACGUAGCGAAAUUUUAAUUAUUUUAGCCGUUUUUGCGACAGAUAUAUUUAUCGUCUAUAAACGUAUCUUUAAUUCCUUAUAGCAAAAUUAUAUGUGAUUGUAUGCUAAAGAUCCUUUUGACAAGAUGUACAUGCCACAAAAACCAUUAAUCGUUGCGAUUAAAAAAAGUUUUACUUGCACGAAAUACUUUAACUUCUGGCAGAGAUGUAAUCUUUCCUCUCAAAGAAUACCUAUUGACUUAAAUGAAAAUCAGAAGAAAUCUGUUACAUCAUUUCCACCACUGACGGAACCUAUUUCUAAUCUACCGAAACCUAUAUAUUCUACUGCAAAAGAGGAGCAUCAUAAAACAGAAAUUACAGUUUUACCAAAUGGUUUAAAAGUUGCAUCAGAAAAUAGAUUUGGACAAUUUUGUACCAUAGGUGUUCUUAUCGAUUCGGGUCCACGAUAUGAAGCAGCUUAUCCAAGUGGAAUUUCACACUUUCUUGAAAAAUUAGCAUUUGGUUCUACAAAUACGUAUGAUAGCAAAGAUAAAAUAAUGUUGGCAUUAGAGAAACAUGGUGGUAUAUGCGAUUGCCAGGCAUCUCGCGACACAUUUGUAUAUGCAGCAUCGGCGGAACGUCGUGGGCUGGAUAUAGUAACUCAAGUUCUCGGUGAUAUUGUUUUGAGACCACAAAUUACAGAGGAAGAAGUGCAAAUUGCCAGACAAACUGUACAAUUCGAAUUGGAGUCUUUACAUACGAGGCCAGAACAAGAACCCAUAUUAAUGGAUAUGAUUCAUGCUGCUGCGUAUAGAAACAACACAUUAGGUUUGCCCAAGAUUUGCCCACAAGAGAACAUUGAAAAGAUUGACAGAAAGACUUUACACACAUAUCUCAAGUAUCAUUAUGUACCAAGUAGAAUGGUAGUUGCUGGAGUUGGUGUUGAACAUGAUGAGUUGGUCCAUGCCGUUAACAAAUACUUUGUAGAUCAAAAACCUAUCUGGGAGGGACAAAAUGAUCUUAUUCUGCCAAAUAAUGCAAAUACCGUUGAUAGAUCUAUUGCACAAUACAGUGCAGGAUAUGUUAUGGAGGAAUGCAAUGUGCCAAUUUACGCGGGACCUAGUGGCUUGCCCGAAUUAUCACACGUUGUUAUAGGUUUGGAAGGUUGUUCCCAUCAAGAUCCAGAUUUUGUCGCUAUGUGCGUAUUAAAUAUGAUGAUGGGAGGCGGCGGCAGUUUUAGCGCUGGCGGUCCUGGAAAAGGCAUGUAUACGCGUUUGUACACCAAUGUAUUGAAUAGAUAUCAUUGGUUGUACAGUGCAACUGCAUACAAUCAUGCUUAUGCAGAUACUGGGCUGUUUUGUAUUCAUGCCUCAUGCACACCAUCUUAUGUAAAGGAUAUGGUAGAAGUAAUUGUACAUGAAAUGGUCGCCAUGACAAGCGGAGUCUCGGAUAAUGAAUUAGCGAGAGCAAAGAAGCAAUUGCAGUCAAUGCUACUUAUGAAUCUGGAACAACGACCCGUUGUAUUUGAAGAUAUUGGUAGACAAGUUCUAGCAACUGGUUCUAGAAAAAGGCCAGAAUAUUUCAUGCAAGCCAUUGAUGGAAUAUCUAAGGACGAUAUUGAUAGAGUAACACGACGUUUAUUGAAAUCGCCACCUUGCAUAGCGGCACGCGGCGAAGUAAAGACCGUACCUUCUAUCGCGGACAUUCAAAAUGGCUUGCUUGAUUCGCAAGGUCGGUUACCUGGUUCUCGCAGCAGAUUGUCACUUUUUCGUUAAAAUCAUGCAUAAAAUAUUCAAACAAUCUCGUCCUAAAUAAAUGUUACUUAACUAUAUCAAAUUAUAAAUUAAUAAUUAUAUAGAAACUUUUUUUUAUUUAUUAGAUAAAAAAAGAAUAGUAAGGCCUGAGUUUGUCCCUUUCAUUGAUAUUUAACAUUCUAUUUCAUAUUAAGUUGAAACUUAUGAAACCUACGAUAUGAAAUAUAUUGUUAUAUAUUUCUUGGAUAAAAUUUAUCAAAAUAAUUAUGAAAUUGUAUUUUUUGAUAUUGUAUUAUAUUGUAAUAUCAUUAUUAUAUGUGAUUAUCAUUUCAAAUAGUAGGUUGUACAUAAAACAUUUCAUUAAAAAUUGAAAAUUCAAGAUAA